UACCUCAACAACCUCUCCCCAGACUCCAAAGAAUAUGAAGACACACUGGGUACAGUAGAGCUCUGCUAUAAGCACUAGUACCUAUUUGCUCUGUAUUGUGUUAUUCACCAGAGGGCCAUGUCAGUUAUGUUUGUAUGUGUUUAUAAGGAAUGUAUUUGACAUUCUGAGUAGUUGACUAGGGACCCAUUCUGAGUAGUUGACUAGGGACCCAUUCUGAGUAGUUGACUAGGGACCCAUUCUGAGUAGUUGACUAGGGACCCAUUCUGUCUCGGUUUUUCUGUGUGUUUGUGGGUAAAUCACUAGGGAAGCCACUUCCAGCCCAGAUGGUGAGUGAGUGAGUGAGUGAGUGAGUGAGUGAGUGAGUGAGUGAGUGAGUGAGUGAGUGAGUGAGUGAGUGAGUGAGUGAGUGAGUGAGUGAGUGAGUGAGUGAGUGAGUGAGUGAGUGAGUGAACUAGAAUGCUAUUUGGCUCUAAACAGAGAGUACACAGUGGCAGAAUACCUGACCACUGUGACUGACCCAAACUUAAGGAAAGCUUUGACUAUGUACAGACUCAGUGAGCAUAGCCUUCCUAUUGAGAAAGGCCACCGUAGGCAGACCUGGCUCUCAAGAGAAGACAGGCUAUGUGCACACUGCCCACAAAAUGAGGUGGAAACUGAGCAAAAACCAAUUUUGAUAAACUCCCUUAUCUACUGGGUGAAAAACCACAGUGUGCCAUCACAGCUGCAAGAUUUGUGACCUGUUGCCACAAGAAAAGGGCAACCAGUGAAGAACAAACACCAUUGUAAAUACAACCCAUAUUUAUGUUUAUUUAUUUUCCCAUUUGUACUUUAACUAUUUGCACAUUGUUACAACACUGUAUAUAUACACAUAAUGUGACAUUUGAAAUGUCUUUAUUCUUUUGGAACUUCUGAGUGUAAUGUUUACUGUUAAUAUUUAUUAUUUAUUUCACUUUUGUUUACUAUCUACUUCACUUGCUUUGGCAAUGUUAACAUACGUUUCCCAUGCCAAUAAAGCCCUUAAAUUGAAUUGAAUUGAAUUGAGAGAGAGAGAAAGAGAGAGAGAGAGAGAGAGAGAGAGAGAGAGAGAGAGAGAGAGAGAGAGAGAGAUGGAGAGAGAGAAGGAGAGAGAGAGAGCGAGAGAGAGAGAGAGAGAAAGAGAGAGAGAGGAGGAAAAUUGUAGGGGAUGUUAUCUCUCUGUGUGUAUAUGGGGGACAAGGCUGGAAUGAACACCUCAUGAAGGAUGAGAAUAGUCUCUGGUGAACAUGUCCCUCUCUGGUUCUCUGUGUGUCUGAUGUUUUUUAUUUUGCUUUAACGACAACUCUUUACUUCUCUCAUGUCACUGUCUCCUUGCUCUCAGCUGCUCUGGUGGUAGUGUCAGACAUUGCAGAUCAAGCCAAUGACAGUUUGAAACAUGGGGUGAGUUUCAAGAGUGAAGACGAGUGUUUUCCAACAUAGUGUGUGCCUGCCUUUGUGUGUUUGUUGUGUGUGUGUGUGUGUGUGUGUGUGUGUGAGUGCUUGUAAGAGAGGCAGAGUGCACACACGCAGUGUUGUUGUGGGAUGCACAACCGUUUAUUUGGUAGCCAUUGUAAUUUCUCAACAUGGCAUGUCUCCCCCCUCUCUCUCUCUCUCUCUCUCAGGAGAACCUGCUACAUCUUGUCAACAUAGAGUACAGUGUUGGAGGCCAGAGGGAUCUGCUCCAGCCUGGCAGGGUAAGCGCCGUCCUGCCUGCCUGCCUGAUAACACCAUUGUUUCUGCCCAGUGCCCCGGGCAAGGGUACACCCUCUCCCCCCUCCCCCCUCCACCUCUCCAUCCCGCCUGUGUCGCCCUUUAUAUAACCAGUCAGCUGGGAAUCCCCUGGUCCUCUCUCUGUGUCUGGGUGGAGUGGAGAAGAGCGGGCACACACACUCUUAAAGGACCCUUUAAAGCCCUCUCUCCAACUCUCUUGCUUCUCAUAUGUGGCACGCUGUCCUCAAUUGCCAUUUAAUCUACUUUAUGUCUGACCCUGUGUGUGUGUGUGUGUGUGUGUGUGUUUUGUUCUCAGGUGUUUGUGAAGGAGGGUACUCUGAUGAAGGUCAGCAGGAAGUGCAGACAGCCACGCCACCUGUUUCUGGUAAAUGUCACUUCCUGUUUGGAGGGAGGGUAGGACACUCACCGCCACAAACCUAUAGAUAACGGACAGAACAAGCAAUGGCUAAAAAUAAAAAAAAGCAUUCACAAUUUUCUCAAAUUUGAACAUGGUCACCGGGCUUGUCAUUAUGACUACACAACUAUGCAUCAUCUUCAAAUCAAAUCAAAUCAAAUUGUAUUUGUCACAUACACGUGUUUAGCAGAUGUUAUUGCGGCUGUAGCGAAAUGCUUGUGCCUCUAGCUCCGACAGUGCAGUAAUAUCUAACAAGUAAUAUCUAACAAUUUCACAACAUGUACCCAAUACACACAAAUCUAAGUAAGGAAUGGAAUUAAGAAUAUAUAAAUAUAUGGAUGAGCAAUGACAGAGCGGCAUGGACUAAGAUACAGUAGAAUAUUAUAGAAUACAGUAUAUACGUAUGAGAUGAGUAAUGCAAGAUAUUUAAACAGUAUUAAAGUGACUAGUGUUCCAUUUCUUAAAGUGGCCAGUGAUUUCAAUAGGCAGCAGCAGCCUCUAAUGUGCUAGUGAUGGCUAUUUAACAGUCUGAUGGCGUUGAGAUAAAAGCUGUUUUUCAGUCUCUCGGUCCCAGCUUUGAUGCACCUGUACUGACCUUGCCUUCUGGAUGAUAGAGGGGUGAACAGGCAGUGGCUCGGGUGGUUGAUGUCCUUGAUGAUCUUUUUGGCCUUCCUGUGACAUCGGGUGCUGUAGGUGUCCUGGAGGGUGGGUAGUUUGCCCCCGGUAAUGCGUUCGGCAGACCGCACCACCCUCUGGAGAGCCCUGCGGUUGCGGGCGGUGCAGUUGCCGUACCAGGUGGUGAUACAGCCUGACAGGAUGCUCUCAAUUGUGCAUCUGUAAAAGUUUGUGAGGGUUUUAGGUGUCAAGACAAAUUUCUUCAGCCUCCUGAGGUUGAAGAGGCUCUGUUGCACCUUCUUCACCACACUGUCUGUGUGGGUGGACCAUUUCAGUUUGUCAGUGAUGUGUACGCCAAGGAACUUGAAGCUUUCCACCUUCUCCACUGCGGUCCCGUCGAUGUGGAUAGGGGGUGCACCCUCUGCUGUUUCCUGAAGUCCACGAUCAUCUCCUUUGUUUUGUUGACGUUGAGUGAGAGGUUAUUUUCCUGGCACCACACUCCCAGAGCCCUCACCUCCUCCCUGUAGGCUGUCUCGUCAUUCUUGGUAAUCAAGCCUACUACUGUUGUGUCGUCUGCAAACUUGAUGAUUGAGUUGGUGGCGUGCUUGGCCACGCAGUCAUGGGUGAACAAGGGAGUACAGGAGGGGGCUGAGCACACACCCUUGAGGGGCCCCAGUGUUGAGGAUCAGCGAAGUGGAGAUGUUGUUUCCUACCUUCACCACCUGGGGGCGGCCCGCCAGGAAGUCCAGGACCCAGUUGCACAGGGCGGGGUUCAGACCCAGGGCCUCAAGCUUAAUGAUGAGCUUGGAGGGUACUAUGGUGUUGAAUGCUGAGCUAUAGUCAAUUAACAGCAUUCUUACAUACGUAUUCCUCUUGUCCAGAUGGGAUAGGGCAGUGUGCAGUGUGAUGGCGAUUGCAUCGUCUAUGGAUCUAUUGGGGCGGUAAGCAAAUUGAAGUGGGUCUAGGGUGACAGGUAAGGUAGAGGUGAUAUGAUCCUUGACUAGUCUCUCAAAGCACUUCAUGAUGACAGAGGUGAGUGCUACGGGGCGAUAGUCAUUUAGUUCAGUUACCUUUGCUUUUCUUGGGUACAGGAACAAUGGUGGCCAUCUUGAAGCAUGUGGGGACAGCAGACUGGGAUAGGGAGAGAUUGAAUAUGUCCGUAAACACACCAGCCAGCUGGUCUGCGCAUGCUCUGAGGACGCAGCUUGGGAUGCCCUCUGGGCCGGCAGCCUUGCGGGGGUUAACAUGCUUAAAUGUCUUACUCACGUCGGCCAUGGAGAAGGAGAAGGAGAAGGAGAAGGAGAAGGAGAAAGAGAAGGAGAAGGAGAAGGAAAGCCCACAUUCCUUGUUCUCUUGCUGCAAUGUAAAUUACAUGUAAAUGUAAUUUGAAAAGGAGAAGCAGCAGGUCUGUUCUAUGGCUAUAUCUAUGGCCCUCCCAGACCCUGCUAUUGAGAGCAGGGUUUCCUGGCAGGAUGUUUCUGAAUGGCAGCUUCCUGAGCUGCUCUUUACUGACUGAACGGGGAAGGUCAGGAACGCUCCUCAUACACCCCCCCACACACUACACCUGGUUCUCUCUCUGUUGAAUACAGCCACACACACUACACCUGGUUCUCCCUCUGUUGAAUACAGCCACACACACUAGACCUGGUUCUCUCUGUUGAAUACAGCCACACACACUAGACCUGGUUCCCUUUCUGUUGAAUACAGUCACACACACUAGACCUGGUUCCUUUUCUGUUGAAUACAGCCACACACACUAGACCUGGUUCUCUCUCUGUUGAAUACAGCCACAGACACUAGACCUGGUUCCCUUUCUGUUGAAUACAGCCACACACACUAGACCUGGUUCUCUCUCUGUUGAAUACAGCCACACACACUAGACCUGGUUCUCUCUCUGUUGAAUACAGCCACACACACUAGACCUGGUUCCCUUUCUGUUGAAUACAGCCACACACACUAGACCUGGUUCCCUUUCUGUUGAAUACAGCCACAGACACUAGACCUGGUUCUCUCUCUGUUGAAUACAGCCACAGACACUAGACCUGGUACCCUUUCUGUUGAAUACAGCCACACACACUAGACCUGGUUCUCUCUCUGUUGAAUACAGCCACACACACUAGACCUGGUUCUCUCUGUUGAAUACAGUCACACACACUAGACCUGGUUCCUUUUCUGUUGAAUACAGCCACACACACUAGACCUGGUUCUCUCUCUGUUGAAUACAGCCACACACACUAGACCUGGUUCUCUCUGUUGAAUACAGCCACACACACUAGACCUGGUUCCCUUUCUGUUGAAUACAGUCACACACACUAGACCUGGUUCCUUUUCUGUUGAAUACAGCCACACACACUAGACCUGGUUCUCUCUCUGUUGAAUACAGCCACACACACUAGACCUGGUUCUCUCUCUGUUGAAUACAGCCACACACACUAGACCUGGUUCCCUUUCUGUUGAAUACAGUCACACACACUAGACCUGGUUCCUUUUCUGUUGAAUACAGCCACACACACUAGACCUGGUUCUCUCUCUGUUGAAUACAGCCACACACACUAGACCUGGUUCCCUUUCUGUUGAAUACAGCCACACACACUAGACCUGGUUCUCUCUCUGUUGAAUACAGCCACACACACUAGACCUGGUUCCCUUUCUGUUGAAUACAGCCACACACACUAGACCUGGUUCCCUUUCUGUUGAAUACAGCCACAGACACUAGACCUGGUUCUCUCUCUGUUGAAUACAGCCACAGACACUAGACCUGGUACCCUUUCUGUUGAAUACAGCCACACACACUAGACCUGGUUCUCUCUCUGUUGAAUACAGCCACACACACUAGACCUGGUUCUCUCUCUGUUGAAUACAGCCACACACACUAGACCUGGUUCUCUCUCUGUUGAAUACAGCCACACACACUAGACCUGGUUCUAUCUCUGUUGAAUACAGCCACACACACUAGACCUGGUUCUCUCUCUGUUGAAUACAGCCACACACACUAGACCUGGUUCUCUCUCUGUUGAAUACAGCCACACACACUAGACCUGGUUAUUAAUAACUCUAAAUUAAGCAUAUAGGAGUACCUAUUUCUUUAUUAACCGCUCAACACAAAAUAGCCGCAUGUGCGCACUCACUCAAAUCGUUUGGAGAAAAUAUCCUUUCUAUAUUAUUCAGCUUUGUUCAAUUGUAUUCUUCAUACUAUAAAAUAAUAUAAAAUAAUGGCAAGGAAUUCUAAGCAAAUCUUUUCUGCUAAAUAAACUAGGGUAGCCCACAGCCAUAUGGCAUAGCCAGAUCAGGACCUAAGAAAUGGACAACUCAGAGUAUGCUACUCUGUUCUUCUGAAAUAGACUACAUUUUCUUCAUAUCAUGUUUCUUUACACCUGUCUAAAUAAAUAAUGGAUUUAUUGUGAUGGUUUAGGCUAUAUUACAUGGAUUUAUUAGACUUUCUUAAAUGUAGAUGUUCCAAAGGUCUGCAUCAGUGGCUUGUAGGCUACAGUAUGUGUGGAAGCCAGGAGAUGCUAAAUGUGUUUAUGUUAAUUAAUGGUCAAUUAGACCAACAGUUAUUUGCUUGACAAUCACCGGCUGAUGAAAUGUCAUGACCGCCACAGCCCUAUGUGUGAGCAAAUGAAGUGUGUGUGUGUGUGUGUGUGUGUGUGUGUUUGUGUGUCUAUGUUGGAGUGUGUUGGAGUGUCAGUGUGAGUGUGUGUAGAGUCCUGUAAGUGUGCAUAGAGUCAGUCCAAAAAUACAAAUAAAAUAGAAGGGUCAAUGCAGAUAGCCCGUAUAGCCAUUUUGUUAGCUAUUUAGCAGUCUUAUGGCUUGGGGAUAGAAGCUGUUCAGGAGCCUGUUGGUGUCAGACUCGUUGCUCCGGUACCACUUACCGUGCAGAAGCAGAGAGAACAGUCUAUGGCUUGUGUGGCUGGAGUCUUGAAAAAAAAUGUUGGGCCAAUUUUACGGGCCGCCUGAUAUAGAGGUACUGGAUGGCAGGGAGCUCGGCCCCAGUGAUGUACUGGGCUGUCCGUACCACUCUCUGUAGCACCAUGCGAUCGAGGGCGGUGCAGUUGCCAUACCAAGCAGUGAUGCAGCCAGUCAAGAUGCUCUCAAUGGUGCAGCUGUAGAACCUUUUGAGGAUUUGAUGGCCCAUGUCAAAUCUUUUCAACCUCCUAAGGGGGGGAAGAGGCGCUGUCGUGCCUUCUUCACGACUGUGUGCGUGUGUGUGGACCAUUUGAAGUCCUUAGUGAUUUGGACACCGAGGAACUUGAAGCUCUCGACCCGCUCCACUGCAGCCCCGUCGAUGUGGAUGGGGGCGUCCUCGACCCCCCGUUUCCUGUAGUCCACGAUCAGCUCCUUGGUCUUACUGGUGUCGCCGGUGAUCAGGCCUACCACUGUCGGGUCAUCAGCAAACUUGAUGAUGGUGUUGGAGUCAUGCGUGGCCACGCAGUUGUGGGUGAUCAGGGAGUAUAGGAGGGUACUAAGCACAUACCCCUGUGGGGCUCCCGUGUUGAGGGUCAGCGUGGCAGAGGUGAUGUUGCCUACCCUCACCACCUGGGGUCGGCCCAUCAGGAAGUCCAAUAUCCAGUUGCAGAGGGAGGUGUUCAGUCCCAGGGUCCCAAGCUUGGUGAUGAGCUUGGAGGGGACUAUGGUGUUGAACACUGAGCUGUAGUCAAUGAACAGCAUUCUCACAUAGGUAUUCCUCUUAUCUAGGUGGGUGAGGGCAGUGUGGAGUGCAAUUGAGAUUGCGUCGUCUAUGGAUCUGUUGGGGCGGUAUGCAAAUUGGAGUGCGUCUAGGGUGUCUGGGAUGAUGGAGUUGAUGUGUGCCAUAACCAGCCUUUCAAAGCACUUCAUGAUUACAGAUGUGAGUGCUACAGGGCGGUAGUCAUUGUGAGGAUUACAGACUGGGAGAAGGAGAGGUUGGAAAUGACCGUGAAUAUGCCUGCCAGCUGUUCUGCGCAUGCUCUGAGAACGUGCCCUGGAAUACUGUCCGGCCCCGCGGCGGUUCCCUUUCUGUUGAAUACAGCCACAGACACUAGACCUGGUUCUCUCUCUGUUGAAUACAGCCACAGACACUAGACCUGGUACCCUUUCUGUUGAAUACAGCCACACACACUAGACCUGGUUCUCUCUCUGUUGAAUACAGCCACACACACUAGACCUGGUUCUCUCUCUGUUGAAUACAGCCACAGACACUACACCUGGUACUCUCUCUGUUGAAUACAGCCACACACACUAGACCUGGUUCUCUCUCUGUUGAAUACCGUCACACACACUAGACCUGGUUCCCUUUCUGUUGAAUACAGCCACAGACACUACACCUGGUACUCUCUCUGUUGAAUACAGCCACACACACUAGACCUGGUUCUCUCUCUGUUGAAUACAGCCACACACACUAGACCUGGUUCUCUCUGUUGAAUACAGCCACACACACUAGACCUGGUGAAAACUCUGUUUAAACCUCAUGUUAGUUUGUCCAAUCAUAACUGUAUUUAGAGAGAUAUUUUGUAUGUAGAUCAGUAGAUAUUCACCUGGAUGUCCUACUAUUGUUUUACCAUGCCAUGUUAAUCUAAAAUUGUUUCAUUACUAAUUUCUAAAAUUAAACCAACCUCCCCCACCUAGAUUCUGUCAUCUUUUUAAAAAAAAAGAACAUACCCGUCUUUAGCAACCCCACAAACACACUCAGGAUAUGGUGGUAGGGGUGACAUGUCUGAGGAGGGAGAGGGAGAGGAGGAGGAGGGGGGUGUAAUUUAUAAAGCCAUAAGUCUAGACAGAGUAACGACUUCAGACAGGCCAUUCUUUAGCGGCCUGGCAGUGAAAGCCCCCUCUGUAACUAUGCCAACAGAACACUCUGACACACUCUGCCAUCUCAAAGUGAGAGAGAGGGAUGUAGGCAGAAGAGGAAGAGAAAGAGCAUAAAACAAGGAAUGGGUUAAUAUGAUGGAAAAUUACAGAAUUAAAGGGGACUUCCUUAUUUUUGAAAUGUUCAGCCCUCUCAGUGAUGGUGAACGAAGAUCGACAAAAGAGUUAAAGAAAGACAAAUCUGUUAUCUGAAAAUGAAAAGAUAAUCCCAUUGGCCUAUUCUUGAACGACCAAUGACCUUUGUUUACAUCUACCCAGAAUUCAACUUUAAGGUUUUCUAGGUCACUGUUGUCCAACUACAGGGAUUUGCACUAAGACGAGUCACUUAAUCAUAUUUUGGAAAUAUUAUCCAACCGGAUAAAACGUAAUUUAAAAUAUUAUUCGAAAAGCUAUAGGAACGGCUUGUAGGAAAUCACUUUAACAUUUAAGAAUAAAACACUGAGGCUAUAUGCAGUCAGUCCACUCAUGAUCACACACAACUAUAAUCCAUUUAGUUUUUUUCUCUCACUCUCUCCAGGAGGUGGAGUUACGGUAUGUUUAGGGCCCCAGUGGAAUGAUGAGUAGGGCCCAGAGUUUUUCCUGGUCAAGUCAUGCAGUCAGAAAAACAGGGAGAAAUCUUGAUUUGUGACAUUGAGACACAUUUAACUGUCAAAUCUGAUGAAAUUAUGAUCACCAAAACAGCCCAACUCCUCCUUGAGGAACUGAUAGUUUCCUCUUCGUUUAGGGCACCACCAUGUGGUCAUUUAGCAUGCAGGAAUAAUGUCAAAUGUAUUUUUUAUCAAAUCAAAUUUUAUUUGUCACAUGCGCAUUUACCUUACAGUAAAAAGCUUACUUACGAGCCCUUUCCCAAUGAUGCAGAGUUAAAUAAGACAAAAUUAAAACACACAAGAAUGAAGCUAUAUACAAGGAGUACCAUAACCAUAUCAAUGUGCAAGGAUAUGUGGUAAUAGAGGUAGAUACAGUAUGUACAUGUCGGCAGAGGUGAACUGACUAGGCAUCAAGAUAUAUAACACUAAGUAGCAUGCUACUUGGAUUGGAGAGUACUGAGAAUAAGUAUAUGUAUGCAUUUCACAUUGUUUCAUUUCUCCAUGCACUUGUUCUAUCCGACAGCUGAAUCAGUGAAAUGUUUGUAUACAGUAUUAUCUUGUUCAUUGGUUCUGAGGAUACAGAAUGAAAGUAUGUGUGAUUCUGAGGUUUGUUAGUGAAUUCUGAGUGUGAUUGUGUCUUAACAGAUGAAUGAUGUGCUGCUGUACACCUACCCUCAGCAGGAUGGGAAAUACAGACUGAAGAACAGCCUCCCACUCACUGGGAUGAAGGUCAGAGUCCUCCCUCUCCUGUUUUUUUUUCAUCACCAUUUACCAAAUUUCUCUCUUCUCUUUGUCUAUAUCACUCACCCCCCCCCCUCCCUUCUCCAUCCCCCCUCCCUCUCCCUUGUCCUCUCUAUAACUGUGUCUUUAUCUCUAUCUUACUCCCUCACUUUUAUAUCUCUCAUUCUUUUCCUCUCUCUCCCUUUCUCCAUCCUCUCGUUCUCUCUUUCCCCUUCUCAAACCUAUCUGUCCUCUCUCUCACUUUCCUGAUGGGUCUGUGUAAUGUGCUAUUGAUGAUUGAUGUUCCAGGUCAGUAAACCCGUCAUAGAGAAUGUGCAGAAUGCUCUGAGGAUCGAGGGAGCAGACAUCGCCAUCACCUUGGCAGCCAGGUGGGUCACACUAACACACCUUGGGUGGCAUGGUCGGUAUAAUGAUCGUAGUUCAUAGUUCCCAUGGUUACCAAUUGCGCUGUUUCAACAGUGAAUGAGGUAUAGUAAAGCUUCUCGUGCCAGGCUUUUUGGACCUUUUAUAAGUAGUGUCAGUGUUGUUUUCCUGACCAUGUAUCUAGACCACUCUGGGCCAUUUAUAGCCCUAAAAGUAGUGUAGUCAAACAGGUAUAUGAAAAGUAUGAUGAGAGGGCUUAAUGACCUGUGCUCUGUGUGUCCCUGUGCAGCUCCUGUAGUGAGAGGGAGGACUGGUUCCACACUCUGAGUCGGACAGUGUCUGACCACGCCAGAGGACCUGCGACAUUCAGCAGCUGCUCUGGAGAGGUGAAGAGGACUUUGACUGGGAGACAGAGCAUACAUAAAAGCAAUGUUAGCAAUAACAUAACAAUGCUCCCCACUCAAUGACAAUAGCAAACCAAUACUCAUACAUUUACUGAGCUUAUAUUAACAUUGCAGAGGGUGUAUUUUCUCUUUUAAAUUGAGUAUGAGUCACUGAGUAUUACUGUGAAGUCUAGUGCCGUAGCCGUAGCUAUAUUGUCCUGUCUCUCUUCCAGGCCAGAGAACGUCUGUGGCUGUCCCUGGGGGAGAAGGCUCCUACUCUGGUGCCUGUGUCCCAUGUGAUGAUGUGUAUGAACUGCACCUCAGACUUCAGCCUCACACUGCGCAGACAUCACUGCCACGCCUGCGGGAGGGUGAGUCUCUCUCUCACACACAUGUGCUUCUAGGUGACAAUGCAUGGCUCUGUCACCUAGAAGCAUAGUUUUGUGCAGUAUGAUGUGGCUGGAGUCUGUUUUCCAUAGUCAGGCCUGACCUGUGUGUGUUGGGUGUUCUGACGUGUCCUGGUCCUGCUGUACUCAGAUUGUGUGUCGGAGCUGCUCCAGGAACAGAUACCCUCUGAAGUACCUGAAGGACCACAUGGCCAAAGUGUGUGACCACUGUUACAGUGAGCUCAAGAAGAGAGGUGCAUAACUCCUCCUCCUUUCCUUUCUUGUACCGUAUUGUAUUGUACUAAACUGUACUAUACUAUAUUGUAUUGUACUGUACUGUAUAUGCCGCUCUUGACUACUGGAGCAUAUUGAAUGUGUGUGAGUACAGGUGUUAAGGUCAGGUGUUCUCUGUCUCCAUAGGAGGGAAUGUGUCUGGGACGAGUGGUACUGACAGUCCUCGUUCUAACCGCCGCUCCAUCCGCCCGCUCUCUGCCGUCUUCCAGAACAUUCACCCUCCCAGCCUGUGGAGACGCAAGGGCACUGCCUCUCUGACCCAGGUAAUCACACACACACACACACAUACACACACACACACACACACACACACACAAACACACACACACACAACACUAAUCUUAUUUUAAUGGUAAAAGCUAUUGUCCAAAAACUAAACUUACAUUUUAAUGGAAACAUACAUUUUCCUCCAAAAGCGGCUCUUAGACGUUUUGUUCUUCAGCUUGAUCUUCAAUUGAUGCAACUUGGUUGUACUGAGGUAGUGACAGUAUACAUUUCCCUUUGCACUGUUAUGUAUCUAACUAAUCUCUCUGUGUGUUCCUGUGUUGUCUCUAGGUGGGUGUGUCAGAGGAGGGCUCUAUGAGUGGGACUCUGCAGCGCAGUAAGAGGAGCAAGAGGAACUGGAAGAGGCUGUGGUUCCUCCUCAAAGACAAGGUGCUUUACACCUACCAGGCCCGCGAGGUGAGGGGGAACACACGCUCCCCUUAAACCUGAACCCUCACACACACCUCUACCCAAAACACCUAUCCCUGUAACUCUGAGCAUAGAGUUUCCCUAGUAAAGCUAAUUCACCCUCUCUACUUUUUUAGUCAGCAAAACCUCCACAAACUGCAUCCUUAAAACUAUGCAGGUCAAUGAUCACUGUGUAUUUCUCUCUCUGUGUCUGUCUCUCUUCCUCCUCUCUCUCUCCCUCUCUCUCUCUCUCUCUGUAUGUGUCUCUCUCUGUCUCUCUCUCAUCCUCCUUCUCUCUCUCUCUCUGUCUCUCCUCCUCAUUUCCCUCUAUUUCUCUCUCUCUAUCUCUCUCUCUCCUUGUCUCUCUCUGUCUCCAGGAGAAAGUGGCGUCUGAGAGUUUGCCUCUGUUGGGCUUCACAGUGAAGCUGCCUGAUAGGCCCGAUGGAGAGGAGACUACCAACGUCUUUGAGCUGUACCACAAGAAGACCCUGUACUACACCUUUAAGGCUGAGGACAAUCACACUGCUAAGAGGUGAGCCCUGCACUGCACCUUUAAAAAAUAUAUAUCACCACAUGAUCUGACCAAGACUAACUCUGGGCCCUAGUUAUAGCCUUUAGCCUUUUACGUGGUGGGGUAAAACUCCUGGCCCCACUUACUGGCCUCAUUAAGCCACCUCAUAGGCAUGACUCACAUUGACAACAGCGUCAACACAACAAUCAGAUUGUUAUUAUAAUGUAUUACAAUUACAGUCAGCACUUUUCUUUCUACCCAGAUGGGUGAACGCCAUGGAGGAAGCCACAGUUUUA